AUUUGAGGUACUGGGUUCUCACAGACUCGUUGACUUUAUUUGAUUACUACAAAACCAAGAUGUAUGUGGGAUGUCCAGGAAGUCCGGAUGACUUUAAAGGUUGUACUCUUAUUCUACCGGCCGUAUCAGUUGGUAACAUUGGUCAGUUAUCAGUGGAUCUACUAGUUACUACGUUAGAACUGGUCAAAGUAGGUUAUAUACACAGUGAAUGUGUUUUACCUGUAUGCGGUAAUGAUCCAUUUAAUACUGAUAAGAAGAGAACAGAAGGAAACUUGGCAACCAGUACAGAAGUUUAUUUUUCAGCUGCAAAUAAUUUAGUUGUGGUUCAGCAAAGAGCUCCCCUUGUUAAAGGAAAACAUGCAGACUAUUGCAAUGGUUUGAUAGAUUGGAUAACAAGUUUUCAAUUUGAUAAAGUUAUCAUGCUUACUAGUAGCCAUGCCUAUGAAAGAUUGGACUCACAACUACAAGGCUCCUCAUUCAGAUACAUAGCUACUCCUAAACUAGAAAAAAUCAUUGGUGAUCAGAUGAAAGAUGAAUUGAAGUGGUGUCGGCUGGAAAACAGAGAUUCCACGUGGUGUAACGAACAUAAAAAUGAGACGUCAAAGAUAUCAAGCGGUGUCUUUAUACCUGGCGGUGGUAUUGCUAAAAGGCUCUAUACCCAGUGUUGUAAUAAGGAUAUAUCCAUGGCAGUGUUACUGGUGUUCUGUUCAGAAGGUGACAACAUAUCAGAUGCACUAUCCUUAACAACGUAUUUAAAUCACUGGUUGAAAGUUAUACCAACAAAGGAUCCAUCAGAUGUGACAUCAUCCAGAGUGUGGCAGAUUCCAAAGUCAUGGAGUUUGUUAUUUGGAUCAACUUUUGAUAAGUCAAUUUAUUAAACCUGUUUAGUUAUUAUAUUGUUGAUGAAUAAAAAUCCUUUUUUAAAUUACAA